GGAAAUUUGUUAUCUUUUCAAGGUCAACCCAAGGUCGUAUGUCAGCUGAAAACAACGCAGUAUCUGGCUUCGUUUGCCCUGAGUGUCUGGAGUCUUUCUCAAAUUCAGACUCACUUAUGGUGCAUUUCGAAUCGUUACAUGGAAGUCUGUCUAAUAAUAUUGAAAAAUCUCUUUCAAAAGAUAAUCGUAAUGAUGACUCUGAUAAGUUCAAUUCCUAUGAAAACUUGGUAGCAGAACUAUCUACGCAUAACUUAAAUCUAUUAAACCGAAUCUCAGACCUUGAAGCUGUUAUUCAUCUCUUUCUGAAUGAACCUCCUUUGGUAAAUCCUUUAACAAUAAAGGAUGAUGAACUGCGACAGAAAGUGAUCAGUUUUCUGGACUAUCAAACACAGUUAAUACAAAGUUAUUCAUCCACUAAGCCAGCUGAAGAAGAUCUAAAGGAGAAGGAUGAAACAAUUAAUUUGUUAAAAAAACAACUAGAUGAACUCCAAAUCAAAGAAGAGAUUAUGAAGACAGAUGUAAGCACUUACACUUAUAUUGACACUAGAAGUGUUCAAUCACAAUAUGUUUCAGAGGGAUUAACAGAGAACAACCUACCUGGAAAUACAACAAAUCUGUUGACUGAGGAUAGUUUGUCAUCAGAAGAAAAAUUAAAAUCUCUCUCAUCUGAAAAUAAUGCUUUAAAAACAGAAUUAUCAUCAGUGAAACAUGAAUUGAAUAAUAUCACUAUUAAAUUCAAUGAAUUUAAUGAUUCUAAAAAAGAUGAACUAAAUAAAUAUGAAAUUGAAUUAACAAAUCGUUCUACUCAAUUAUCAAUUCUUGAAAGACAAUUAAAAGAGUUAAAAUUAACAAAUAAAAAACUUACUGAAGAUUCAUCUAUACUUAUCCAUUCAAACGAGAAUAUACAAUCUGAAUUGAAAACAAUUAAAAGUGAAUUAGAUAUUAAACAAAAACAAUAUGAAAAUAAUAUUAAUCGACUAACUGAUGAAUUGACCGAAUCAACAAAUUUAAAUUCUACUCUUCAAGCAAAAUGUCAUCAACUUCAAAUUGAAGCUGAUGAUGCUGUAAAAUCAAAUCAAAUCUGUCAAGAGAAAUUAAUUAGUUUAGAGAAGAAUCUUGAAAGUAUUCGUUCCGAGUCACAAACCGAAUCAAAAUUAUCCAAGAAAGAAAUUGAUUCUCUCAUGGAAAAAUUAAUUAAAGCUGAAGAUGCAAGUUCAAAUCUUCGAAAUGAAUUAAAUUCUAAAUUGAAAGAACUUAAAGAAUUACAAAUAGCUGUUGUUGAAUUAGGUAGAGAAAAUCAAAUACUUCAGGUUUUACGCGAUCGUUUAACUAAUCGCCAAUGGACUAAAGAUGAUGAAGCUUUAACAUGUUUCGGUUGUGAUCGUGAAUUCUCUAUCAGUACACGAAGGCAUCAUUGUAGAAAUUGUGGCGGUAUAUUUUGCCAAAACUGUUCUUCUAAUCGGGCUUCUACAACGUUUAGUAAAGAUCCAGUUCGUGUGUGCCAAAUGUGUUAUGAAGAGUUAACUAGUAAUGCUAUCAAUUAAUCAGUCAUGGAUAUUGACUAUCUAAGAAACUAAAUGAGUAAAUUAUUUGUAUAUAUAUAAGUGAUUUUUUCCUAAUAAGCUUACUACUCCUUCUAUAUAUGAAUGGCUUUGUGUGUAUUUUGCCGUUAAGUUCUACGUUAUUAAAACGCACUUUUGAUUUUCGUGUCAUUUACAUUUUUUGGCAUUACGAAUACUGUUACUCAUUUCUGUUUAUUUUACAAAUCUCGUGGAUGACUUCACGUAUACUUUCAUACUUAAUCAACCAAAUAUUUCUUUCAUUGUAGUCUGUGUUUUUGAUAUAUUGAAAAUGGUUCGUGAUUUCUAGUAA